CCAAGAGGAGGAAGUGAGGUUUCGUGGAGCUUUCAGCAGCGAUGUGAAAGAUUCUCAUCACGAUUUAUGAACUGUUUUCAUAUUGUGGGACGCUGGUGGUUUGUUUGCGAGGUUUCUUGGAGACAGGGAAGAGAAAAACGACGUCCUGAAUGAUCGCAUUCAGGCAAUAAGAGGAUCCCCCUGACCUGAGAACCGGACGUGUGUCCCAGGAGCAGAAUGGAAGUUGGAGAGUGAGAGCUGGAGGUGCUGCAUCAUGCCAUACUUGGUCCACACCGCCCAUGCCCAGUUUGUGGGGUUUUUGGUGGGUGCGAUUGGCUGGAUCCUCACCAUGGUGGCCAUCGGGCUGGUUCAGUGGAGAAUAUGGGUCGUGUCUGAUCUCACCUUCAUCAACUCCGGCCAGGCCUGGGUGGGCAUCUGGAGGACAUGCUUCUACACCCAUGUCCUGGUUACAUCUGAGUAUGAGGUCAUGUACUGCCAAAAGAUCCGCCUUUCGGACACUUUCACACCGAGCGAGAUUGCGGCUGCUCAGCCGAUGAUGCUGCUGGCCCUCAUCCUGGGGCUUUUUGGUAAUUCCUCUGUCAUUUAUGGCCUGAGGAACAUCUACUUUGGCCUGGAUAAGCAGAAACCUAUCAUAUUGGCCUUUUCCAUUGGUGGAGGACUUUUAAUUCUGGCCGGGGUGAGCUCUUUCAUACCUCUCUUCUGGAAUUUAAACUCUGUGGCGACCAACCAGACCAUAAACUUCCCUGAUAACUUCUACAUGCCCCCAGCUCCUGUUGAGCAGUAUGUUGGACCAGGUAUCGCCAUUGGCAUUUUCGCAUCCAUCCUGGUAGUGGUGAGUGGGGUGGUGUUUCUGUCCUACAAGUUUCCAGAAGGUCUGAGAACCAAAGUUGAACCUUCUUGCCUGGAGGAAGGCCACUCAGGACUGGGAGAAACUGGGAUGACACUGUCCCUGAGAUCCACACCGACGGGAAGCCAAGACAUAAAGAGCUGCUAUGGAAUGGACAACCCAGCCUUUCAGUCAUAGCAGAACACCUGAACAAUGAUUUUCCUUCAAGUGCUUACCUCCAAAUGCCUCAACUAGAGGUGCCAAUAUCUGACCUUUUAAUGUUUUAAUUACAUUAGGAUUUGAUUGUUUAGGAAACAACCCGAUGCAUCAUUAAAUCUUGGAUUUCAGUUUGUUUGGUAAGAUUUACAAACGUCCUUCUAAAUACACUGUGUACAGAUUUGACUGAUGGGGAAUGAUUUACACAAUAGUGAAAUAUAGCUAAUAAAGCCAGUACAGCAAGCUUUUUCUGUUUGAAAAUAACCUGAAUGGCCAUAAAAAGAAAGUGCAUAUUUUUUUUAAUACAACUAUAAUGGAUUCUGAUUUAAUUUAUUCAUCAUAUUUAAAGCCAUGCCUUAAAGUAUUUUUACAAGCCUUGCAUAUUCUGACUGUACCACUUUAAAAGCACUUAUAAAUGCUUGAUAAUAUGAAUUCCUGUUGAUAUGCCAUUGUUGUAUUAGCACUCGAUUGUUUAAAAGAAGGUUGGAAUGUGAGUAUGAGUGUGGUUAGUGUCAUCUUUGGAGAGAGAGCGGUAGUUGGGAAGUUAUCCGGACACAGCUGAGUUUUUAAUGAUGUGACAAUGAACACUCUUGUGUUAAAGGGGCACUCUGGUGAAAUGAAAAACGUACCCAUUCCUGCAUAUGUUGUACACAUGCCUUCUUGCAACUUACACCAGUGCCGUUGAAAUCUCUAAAGUGAGAUCUUCCAAUUUAAGGACUAGGAAAACUCCCUUUGGAUGUUGUAUCUUGAAGGUACAAGGAAGCUGCAACUGCUUUGGUGUAAUUUUUUGGGACUGAGCUGUUUUUUUUUUCUCUUUUUCUGGCAAUUACAAAAAGAUGUCAGAUAGCUAACAUCACUGCUAGCAAGCCGAAUAUCGUAUUGCAGUUGUAGAGGACAGCAAGCUAAAUGCUGAAGUUAAUGAUGUAGCUACCUGGCUAUCUAGAUACUUUACCUCAGUUUGGCAUCUUUUCCCUGGGGUUGAAAGGGUUAAAACACUGCCGUACAUUUUGAAAAAUAAAGAUUAAUGAAUGGGAGAGGUAGGAAUUACAUGAAACAUAGUUUGGUUGUUUUUAUUAGCCUAAUAAAUAAUAAACUGGUGGCUAGGCUACCAGUCAGGAUUGGAUGGCACCACAGUGAUUCCCAGUGAUGCAUGCUGAAUAUUGUAGUGAGAGAGAACAUUGAUGAAUGUAAUAAAGUGGUGAAGUCUGUCAAACUGACAUGGCUGAUGUUUACAAAACACUGUAUAGUAUGACAAAAAAACAUAUUAAACUCUACUUUUGGGCUGGAGUGCCCCUUUAAUCACAGCUGUGUAACCAUCUCAGGGAACAGUACAUAUAGUCAUAUAAUUAGAUUUAAGACAAGUUUACUUUGGCCCUUAGUAAGUUGUUGUUUUUCAUUAUAACUUAAUAUCAGAGCCAUGCUAGGGUGUUUUUCUGUAUUGAAGUGUUCAAUGUGUUUCUGAGAUUUAUAUAUUUUUUGUCUUGCAGAUUUAUAAAUGUGUAUAGAUGUAUAGCUUAUUUAAAACAUCAUUUGUCUCGAUAGCAGUGCAAUAGAAUAUUUUAAAUUACAGUGAUGUAAGUGAAAUUAAAUUUGCAAG